GAGAGCUACGAGUUGGGGCCCCGGGGCAAGGCCCCGCCCCCCGCCCCGAAAGGGCGUGGCCGCCGCAAGCAGGAGAAGCUGGAGGACAUGAAGAAGGAGAUGGAUGUGGACGACCACAAGCUGGACAUCAACGACUUGGAGGUCAAGUACGGCACCAGCGUCACCAAGGGCCUGGCGGAGGCGGUGGCGGCCGAGCGGCUCUUACGGGAUGGCCCCAACGAGCUCCGCCCCCCCCGCGGGACCCCCGAGUGCGUCAAGUUUGGGCGGCAACUGGCCGGGGGGCUCCAGUGCCUCAUGUGGGUGGCGGCCGCCAUUUGCCUCAUCGCCUACGGCGUGCAGGAGGGGGAGGGGGACCGCGGCAGCUCCGACAACCUGUACCUGGCCAUCGCCCUCAUCGCCGUGGUGGUGGUCACCGGUUGCUUCGGCUACUACCAAGAAUUCAAGAGCACCAACAUCAUCGCCAGCUUCAAGAACCUCGUCCCUCAGCAAGCCACCGUCAUCCGGGAAGGUGACAAACUCCAGAUCAACGCCAACGAGCUGGUGGUGGGCGACCUGGUGGAGAUCAAAGGAGGGGACCGGGUCCCCGCGGACAUCCGCGUCAUCGCCGCUCAGGGGUGCAAGGUGGACAACUCGUCGCUGACGGGGGAGUCGGAGCCCCAGACGCGCUCCCCCGACUGCACCCACGACUCGCCCCUGGAGACCCGCAACAUCGCCUUCUUCUCCACCAUGUGCCUGGAAGGGACGGCCAUGGGCUUGGUGAUCAACACGGGGGACCGGACCAUCAUCGGCCGCAUCGCCAGCUUGGCUUCGGGGGUGGAGAACGAGAAGACCCCCAUCGCCAUCGAGAUCGAGCACUUCGUCGACAUCAUCGCCGGCCUCGCCAUCUUCUUCGGCGCCACCUUCUUCGUGGUGGCCAUGGUCAUCGGUUACCCCUUCCUCCGGGCCAUGGUCUUCUUCAUGGCCAUCGUCGUGGCUUACGUCCCCGAGGGGCUGCUGGCCACCGUCACGGUUUGCCUCUCGUUGACGGCGAAGAGGUUGGCGAGGAAGAACUGCGUGGUGAAGAACCUGGAGGCCGUGGAGACCUUGGGCUCCACCUCCGUCAUCUGCUCCGACAAGACGGGGACCCUCACCCAGAACCGCAUGACGGUGGCCCACCUCUGGUUCGACAACCGCAUCCACGCGGCCGACACCACCGAGGACCAGUCGGGGCAGAGCUUCGACCAGUCCUCGGAGACCUGGACCAUGCUGAGCCGCGUCCUCACCCUCUGCAACAGGGCCCAGUUCAAGCCCGGCCAGGACGACGUCCCCGUGGCCAAGCGUGAGGUCAUCGGCGACGCUUCGGAGACGGCGCUGCUGAAGUUCGCCGAGGUGACGGUGGGGACGGUGGGGGAGGCGCGGGGACGGUUCCCCAAGGUGGCCGAGCUGCCCUUCAACUCCACCAACAAAUUCCAGCUGUCGGUGCACGAGGCGGGAGAGCGGCAGCUGCUGGUGCUGAAGGGCGCCCCCGAGCGGGUGCUGGAGCGUUGCAGCACGGUGCUGCUGAAGGGACAGGAGCUGGCCCUGGACGCCCAAUGGCGGGAGGCCUUCGAGGGGGCCUACGCCGAGCUGGGGGGGCGCGGGGAGAGGGUGUUGGGGUUCUGCGCCCGCUGGCUGCCCGCGGGGACGGUGGCGGCGGGGACGGACCCCGAGGCGCUGCCGGAGGUGGCCGUGGGUCUCUGCUUCGCCGGGUUGGUCUCCAUGAUCGACCCCCCCAGGGCCACCGUCCCCCAGGCCGUCCUGAAGUGUCGCACGGCUGGCAUCAGGGUCAUCAUGGUGACCGGCGACCACCCCAUCACGGCCAAGGCCAUCGCGGCGGCCGUCGGCAUCAUCUCAGAGGGCAGCGAGACCCCCGAGGAGGUGGCAGCUCGUCUACGCGUCCCCCUGGAGCGGGUGGACCCCAGGCAGGCGCGGGCGCGGGUGGUGACAGGGGCGGAGCUGGCGGCCAUGACACCGGGGACCUUGGAAGGUCUCCUCCGCGCCCACCCCGAGAUGGUCUUCGCCCGGACGUCACCUCAGCAGAAACUCGUCAUCGUGGAGAGCUGCCAGCGGCUGGGUGCCAUCGUGGCGGUGACAGGGGACGGGGUGAACGACUCGCCGGCGCUGAAGAAGGCGGACAUCGGGGUGGCCAUGGGCAUCGCCGGCUCCGACGCCGCCAAGAACGCGGCCGACAUGAUCCUCCUGGACGACAACUUCGCCUCCAUCGUCACCGGCGUGGAGCAAGGCCGCUUGAUCUUCGACAACCUGAAGAAGUCCAUCGCCUACACCUUGACCAAGAACAUCCCCGAGUUGACCCCGUACCUCAUCUACAUCACGGCCAGCAUCCCCCUGCCCUUGGGCUGCAUCACCAUCCUCUUCAUCGAGCUCUGCACCGACAUCUUCCCUUCGGUCUCCUUGGCCUACGAGAGGGCGGAGAGUGACAUCAUGCACCUGAAACCCCGCAACCCGCGACGCGACCGAUUGGUCAACGAACCUUUGGCGGCUUAUUCCUACUUCCAGAUCGGUGCCAUCCAGUCCUUCGCCGGCUUCACCGACUACUUCGUGGCCAUGGCGCAGGAGGGCUGGUGGCCCCUGCUCUGCCUGGGGCUGCGGCCCCGCUGGGAGGACGCCCACGAGCAGGAGCUGCAGGACAGCUACGGCCAGCAAUGGACCUUCGGGCAGCGCCGGUACCAGCAGUUCACCUGUUACACCGUCUUCUUCAUCAGCAUCGAGAUGUGCCAGAUCGCCGACGUCCUCAUCCGCAAGACCCGGCGCCUCUCCCUCUUCCAGCAGGGCCUCUUCCGGAACCGGAUCCUGGUGAUCGCCAUCGUCUUCCAGGUCUCCAUCGGCUGCUUCCUCUGCUACUGCCCCGGGAUGCCCAACGUCUUCAACUUCAUGCCCAUCCGGUUCCAGUGGUGGUUGGUGCCGAUGCCCUUCGGCCUCCUCAUCCUCGUCUACGACGAGAUUCGUAAACUGGGAGUGCGGAGACACCCGGGAAGUUGGUGGGACCGAGAGCUCUACUACUGA